AUGGCAGGACUCCAGACGAUCAGCUUUGCCCAUGGGGAAGCGAACUUUCCGGACUAUGAUGCCCCUCCCGGAACUGUCUACCUUGUCGAGGGUACCCAUGAGGCUGGCGCCGCUCAAGCCAUUGUCCUGAUUCCGAGGCCUUCACAAGAUAUCAGAGACCCAUUGCGCUGGUCACAUUGGCGAAAGCUGUAUCAUGUCAUUUGUCUCGUCAUCUACGCUGCUGUUCUUGGCUGUAUUACACAAUGGGAGUCCGUCAUCUACCUCCCGUUGAUCCAGACGUUCAGAAUCGGGGUCUCGUCUCUCAACGUUGGCGCUGCUCUUAUGCUGCUCAUGUUGGGCGUUGGGAAUUGUUUCUUCGUUCCCCUGUCGAACAAGGUCGGACGUCGCUCGGUGUACCUCUUCUCACUCGUCGUUGUUCUCGCAGCCUGCCUCUGGUUGGCUUUCGUGGACAACAUUGGCGGCUGGCAAGGCGCACACGUUCUUAUCGGACUGGGCGCCGCGCCUUUUGAAGCUUUACCGGCCAUCAGCAUCGCUGACAUAUUCUUCGCACACGAAAGAGGUGGCAAGAUUGGAUGGUACGUCUUUGGAUUGAGCGCUGGCAGCUUCGUUGGACCUAUUUGUGGAGGAUUCGUGGCGGACAAUAUGGGCUGGCGAUGGAUCUAUCGCUGGGGUUGCAUUUUCACCGCUGUUACCAUACUCCUGUUCUACUUCACGUUUGAAGAGACCCGCUUUGUUCGGGAACGUGGAGAGGAGGCCAUUGUUGAUGUACCGCAUCGGAAGGCUGAGGAACUUUCGAUUGGCUCGAGAAACCCUUCAACAGCAGGCGACAUCCAGGACAAGAAGAGCCGUGAGCUGGAGCUUGCGCGAGAAAUUGGCACGCAGCCAAUUGCUGGAGAAGUGUUCGAGACUGACCAUUGGAAGCCUCAGCUCCGUCUGUGGCAGCUUUUCCCAGGAGCUUGGCGCGAGGUUUGGUUGGAGUUCUUCAGGCCACUGAUCACUUGCGCCUUUCCUGCUGUCAUCUGGUGCGGCAUUAACUACGGAACCUGUGUCUCAUGGCUGUCAGUCAUGGGCACAACCAUUGCCGAAGUGUUCAGCAGGCCUCCAUACCUGUUCAAGUCCAGCUCUCUUGGACUGAUCUACAUUUCACCUUUGAUCGGCAGCUUGAUCGGUGCCAUUUACGCUGGUCCUCUCAACGAUAUUUUCAUCAUCCGCCUCUCGAACCGCAACAAAGGUUGGCGCGAGCCCGAAUUCCGUCUCUGGGCUCUCGUACCCACAGCUUUUGUCAUGGCAUGCGGUCUCAUUCUGUACGGUGUUACAUCUGCCCACGCUAUGCACUGGAUUAUACCCAUCCUUGGCGCGGGAUUCGUAGGCUUUGGCUUGAGUAUUGGAGGCACGAUCGCCAUGGCAUACAUCAUUGACUGCUACGAGAGAAUCGAUACUCAUGUCAUGACUACGGUCAUCUUGAUUCGAAAUCUCGUGGGUUUCGGCAUCACCUGGGGUAUCCAGCCGUGGAUCGAUGGAAUGGGACAACAGAACUGCUUCAUCUUGACCGGUGUGCUGGCUUUUCUCAUCAUGGGACCUGCGGCCUUGGCUUUCAUCUUCUGGGGCAAGCGGUCGAGAAAGGCGACCACCUCGCUCUACUUGAAGAUUGCUGAGCAAUUUGAAGCGAGGAAUUUGUGA